UUGCCCAGACUGUCCCAGGCUGGACUCACUGAACAGCACUGAAGGUCUCAAGUAUGUUAAUGAAGCUGUGAGCAAGUUCAACCAGAACGCCACCAACCAGCACUACUACAUCCUGAAGGAAGUGGGACGGCUCAAAGUUGGGUACAUACACACUGUAGGGAUGGCCUACUAUGCUGAGUUUGCCCUUGUGGAGACUCAUUGUCCAAUGGGAAGCAGAAUCAAUCCUGAGGCAUGCAAACCCCUCUGCCCCGACAGAGCUCAUCAUGCUUUCUGCAAGUCAACUUACUUCAGGCAAACCGGCCUCCAGUCAGUCGAGUGUGAAUUCUAUCCCCCAUCGAACACGACUGCCCUUGGCCCUGGUGAGCAAGAGCCCGUAUGCAGGCAUCAUGUGGGUGGCCAUCCUCCCCAUGCAGGCGGUGGCAGACCUCCCCUUGGAUGCAUAUUGCCUCCCCUUGGUGGCGAUGGCGAUCCUACCCAUGUUGGCCAAGGCCCCCCUCCCACUGGAGGCGAUGGCCAUCCAUCCCGUCCCUGUGGCCCUCCUCACCAUGGUGGCGAUGGCCAACCUCCCCAUGCAGGCGGUGGCAGACCUCCCCUUGGAUGCAUAUUGCCUCCCCUUGGUGGCGAUGGCGAUCCUCCCCAUGUUGGCCAUGGCCCCCCUCCCCACGGAGGUGAUGGCCAUCCAUCCCGUCCCUGUGGCCCUCCUCACCAUGGUGGCGAUGGCCAUCCUGACCAAGAAAAGCAGCAUCAUAGGCCCCCAUUCGGUUCCCAUCACCACUUCCAAGCCUUCCAUCGCUGCCAUGGAUCGGACCCAGCUCUCCACCCCAUUUGCCCCUGGCCUCGUACUUGGCGCCACCCCAGCCCUAGAGGCGAGGACUGAGAUACACCACACAACGCUUAAGCAACCAUAACUGUUUCUGUUCUGUAACAGUCUCUAAUGUAUACGAGAAAUAGAACAUAUUACUAAACAUGUCAAAUAAACAGUCAUGGUGUAAAUUUC